AUGAUUGAGGUCUUCAGCCUCUUUGUGAAGAGUGUGAUGGAGUCUCUCAUGACCACACUGAGUCAGGACCUCAGGUUAAGGCCGCGUGUGAAAGACGGGGUGGUGUUCUGGGUGUGGGGGUUGUGUGCUGGGUCGUACAUGCUGGUGAAUGCGUCCCAGCAUGCCGCGGGGCAGCGGGCACAGCUCCUGCUGCAGACGCUGAGUGAAAACGACACGCACUGUGUGCAGUUCAGCUACUUCCUGUACAGCCGGGACGGGCACAGCCCCGGCGCGCUCCGUGCGUUCGUGCGCGUGAACAGCGGGCCCCUGGGGAGCCCCGUCUGGAACGCCUCUGGGUCCCACGGCCGGCAGUGGCACCAGGUGGAACUGGCCGUCAGCACCUUCUGGCCCAACGAGUACCAGGUAAAGACUACAACUCCCAGCAUACACCAUUCACUCUUUCCUGCCCUUCGCUAAAACUUCCUGGCAGUUCAGAAAAUGCAGAUGAGCCCAGGCCUGUACCAGCUGGAGAGG